AUGCCCCUGACGCGCAGUACAAGUCAAACCAAAGAGGUCUUAAGCAGAGAAUGGCGUCGGAUAUCUUUCCCUAAAGUUAUACUGGUUCUCCAGUUACAGGAUGAUUAUCCUAGUCUGAGAUAUGCGAAUGAUGAUUCUUCCUACAAGACGGCCACACCCGCACACCCUGCACAGCCACCAAAACAUGAUUACCAACAAGGCCCAAAAGUUCAACAAGCCCGUCUGGACGGGACUUUGCUUGAUUCGAUUCCUCCGUUACUACAGGAAGUUUUCGGUCCAAUCCCAAUGCUGAUCUUCAAUAAUGAAGUUACAAAUGCCAGGAGUUCAGUACAAGAACCGUCUCAAAUAUGUCUGGGUGUUUUGGGAGUAGAGGCCCUGUCUAGCUUUUUACUUUAA